CAAAACCCAGAAAGCCCUGCGAGCACGUUUUGUCCCCGACGUCACGUAACGUCUUUGGAAGAGGUCUGCAAGCGGAAACAAAAGGGCUCCACUCCCGUCUGCCAGCCCGCCAGCCUGAUUGCCCCUUUCUCGAUCCGCCCCGGUUUUGGCGAUGGAUAACCGCUUCGUCACGGCCCUGGUGAUCGCCUCGGUCCUCAGCCUCCUCUCCGCGGUGUACCUCUGCGCGGCCAUCGGCACUGACUCCUGGUAUGAGUACCACAGCCAGCCAGCAGGGGCCGACAACGGCACGACGGACUUCGGCCAGAUGAAGGAGGACUUCCUGGAGGGCGAGUUUGAUGAGAAGGCCUACAGCGACACGCUCUUCAAGAUGAACGGCACGCUGGGAUUGUGGAAGCGGUGCAUAGUGGUUUCCAGCGACUUGUACUGGUAUCGCUCUCCAGAUCCGAAGAUGGUGACUCGCUGCGUGAGCUUCUCUCUCCAGAACCAGUUCGCCCCAAAGUACCAGGAACCGGGAAACCACAACAGCGGAGAGGACUUGAUCAGAACCUAUUUGUGGCGAUGUCAGUUCCUGCUCCCGUUCGUCAGCCUGGGGCUCAUGCUUUUCGGGGCGCUCAUCGCGAUGUGUGCCUGCGCCUGUCGUAGCAUGUACCCCACCAUGGGGACCGGGGUCUUGCACCUCCUUUCAGGGCUCUGCACUCUGGGGGCGAUCGGGUGCUUUGUGGCUGGGGUCCAGCUGCUGCACGAACGCUUGGAGCUCCCGGACGGGGCUCCGCGGGGGGAGUACGGCUGGUCUUUCUGGCUGGCCGCGGUGUCUGCCCCCCUGCAGUUCAUGGCGGCCUCGCUGUUCAUCUGGGCAUCCCGCUCCAGCCGAAAGGAGUACUCGCGGAUACAGGCCUACAGGGUCGCCUGAGAGACAGCGGAACGAGAACCUAGAACCGGAACAUCUCUGGAACCCUGGAACCCCCCCCCCACAUCCGUCCGUCCUUCAGUCUCGCGGUAGUGUGAUGCCGGAGAGAUUCGCCUCUCGAAUUUGUGCUCUGAAGUGAGUCGCUGUGAUUGAAGUGUGAACCAGCUUUUUAGAAUUAGGGCAAUACCACAGAAGAGCUGAGAAUCACUAUGUAAAAUUAUUAUUAUUAUUAUUAUUAUUAUUAUUAUUACAUAUAUUGUGUAUCGUGAACCGUCUAUAACAAGAAACCCAGAGCCACUCUUGAAUGAAGUAACUUUAUUACACUUAAAAAAUAAA